GGGUUCUUGUCCGCCCCUUCUGCUGGAAUAGGCAUGCCCUCCCUCAGAGGGCGCAGCAAGCACAGCGCAAGUGACCCGUGCGAGCGAGUGGGACGCACGCGUGGUCAUCGGCGCGUGCGAGCCGUGCGAGGCCGGCGACUCACCGACGCUGUUGCUGACUGUGCCGGCUGACGUGGAAGCUUUUUGUCGUUUUCGUCCGGCGUGGCUCCGAAGAAGGCCACAUCCAUCCAACCACCCUUCUCUGCCGACUGACGUGGAAUCUUUUUGUCGUUAUUCGGCUCUCCUCAGAUCAUCAUGGCAGCAAUGUCGGGCGUCAUUCGUCAUCGGCCACGUGGUCGCGGGCUCGAAACCUCACAGCUCUUGCUGUUGGCUCUGGUGUUGACUAUGCCUCUUCGUUCUGCAGCGAAUUACGCCCCCGGCCAGACUGUUCCCAUUUCUCGAAGAACCCAAUAUAAUCAUAUGAGAACUAAUUGGGAGGAUAUCGUGGCACGGCAGUGUCCCCGUUAUGGCCAUACCAAGCUGGUAUUAUUGAAUCUCCAAGAGCCAAAUGAUUUCAAGGGAGUGGCUUCAUCAUAUAAGAUCGCUCUGGAAGUAGGCAAGGAGCGCUUGCAAACUCAAUGGCUGCCGAUUAUCAGUGAAGUGAAGAGGGAAACUGUUCCGAUGGUGGUCUUGGACUUGUUCCAUGCCCAUGGUCAGCUGCGCAGGAUCCAGGCGAGUGUGGCCCAGCUCAACUUCGAAGGUGAGUGUGAGAGCGAGGAUUGAUCGACGGCGAGGUCUGGAUUUUUUUUAUUUUUUUUUUUGAGUUUGGGGUCUUUGGACCUUUUUUGGGGGGAUAAUCUGCAAAAAAUACCCCUAUAAGUUGAGGUAUAUAUGCCAAAAUGCCCCUUAAAGA